UACAUGAAAAUGAUAUUCUAUAAAAUAUUUUAAAUAUUUAUUCCUCUCUUGUAUUUAAGUUGGUUUCUUACCAUAAUGUCGGCAUCAGCCCCCACAACACAACAGCUUCAACAAGAUUUGCAAAACGAAUUGACUUCAGCGAAUCAAUUAUUACGUCUAAUAUCCAUAGAGCUGCAGAAAAUCAAAAGUUUUACAAUGGCCGGAGGAGAAUUUGAAGAAAAUAUUAAACAGAAUGCAUUGAUAAUCGGAGAUUUAGCUAAAAUUCAACAGAUUAACAUUAAGGACUUACCGCCACUUCAGAGGUUGCAACCACAACUAGAUAUGACACAAGAAACAAAUCAAAGCUAUCAACAACAUGAUAGUUUCAGAAACAGUAUGGAUGAUAGCCAAUAGUGUGUUGAUGUUGUUUACUAGUUUGUAAUAGUAAUAAAUUAUUUAAUUUUCUUCUUUUAUGUA